CUUGCAAGGCUGCCUGCUAUGUCACCCUCUGAUUUCUUGGACAAGCUCAUGGGGAAAACGUCAGGGUAUGAUGCCCGGAUUCGACCUAACUUCAAAGGCCCGCCUGUCAAUGUGACAUGCAACAUCUUCAUCAACAGCUUCGGCUCUGUCACAGAAACCACCAUGGAUUACCGGGUGAACGUCUUCCUGCGCCAGCAGUGGAAUGACCCCCGCCUGGCAUACAGGGAGUACCCGGACGACUCGCUGGACCUGGACCCCUCCAUGCUGGACUCCAUCUGGAAGCCAGAUUUGUUCUUUGCCAACGAGAAGGGGGCCAACUUCCAUGAGGUCACCACCGACAACAAGCUGCUGCGCAUCUUCAAGAACGGCAACGUGCUGUACAGCAUCAGGCUGACGCUGAUCCUCUCCUGCCCCAUGGAUCUCAAGAACUUCCCCAUGGACAUCCAGACAUGCACCAUGCAGCUGGAGAGCUUUGGCUACACCAUGAAUGACCUGAUCUUUGAGUGGCUGGAAGAGCAAGAAGCUGUCCAAGUGGCAGAGGGCUUGACACUCCCACAGUUUAUUCUGAGGGAUGAAAAGGAUUUGGGAUAUUGCACAAAGUAUUACAACACAGGAAAGUUCACCUGCAUCGAGGUGAAGUUCCACCUAGAGAGACAAAUGGGCUAUUACCUGAUCCAGAUGUACAUUCCCAGCCUGCUGAUUGUCAUCCUCUCCUGGGUCUCCUUUUGGAUCAAUAUGGAUGCUGCACCCGCCCGGGUAGGGCUGGGGAUCACCACAGUGCUGACCAUGACCACCCAGAGCGCGGGCUCCCGGGCCUCUCUGCCAAAGGUCUCCUAUGUGAAGGCCAUUGACAUCUGGAUGGCCGUGUGCCUGCUCUUCGUCUUCGCCGCCCUGCUAGAAUACGCGGCCGUCAACUUCGUCUCCCGCCAGCACAAGGAGUUCAUGCGCCUGCGCAGGAGGCAGCGGCGCCAGAGGAUGGAGGAAGAGGUUGUCCGUGAGAGCCGCUUCUACUUCCGUGGCUAUGGCCUAGGCCACUGCAUGCAUGUGAAGGAUGGUGGUGCCGUGGAGGGUCCCAGCAUCUACAAUCCCCCUCCGCCGACCCCUUUCCUGAGGGAGGGAGAGUCAAUCCUCAGGCGCUACGUCGACAGGGCCAAGCGGAUCGACACCAUCUCCCGAGCCGUCUUCCCCUUCACCUUCCUGGUGUUUAACAUCUUCUACUGGGUGAUCUACAAAGUGCUGCGGUCUGAGGACAUCCACCAGGCACCCUGAUGCAACACGGGACAUGGCGCCAGGCAGGGGAGCCGCUAUGUCUUCCCGGUCUCAUGUGCGCACUGAUGUGUGGGCUGGAACCUUCCACCAGCACCAGUCAGACACUAGUAGCUUUGCCAGGACCUUGUCUCUCACUGACCCAGAACUUCUAGUACAUCUGAGAAACUUGGGCUCACUCUGCAUGGUGUUAGGGGGCACUAUGCUGCCUACGAGGAUCUGGCGGUACUCCAUCCACCCAUACCCUAGCAUGGUGCUGGGGUUCGCUGUGCUGCUUGAGGCACUGGCCUUUAUCAUCUAGACAUGCUCCAUCUCCCAGCAGGGAGUUGGGGAGUGCUGCACUGCAGCUGUCCAUAACCAAGAUAAGCUCAUCGUCUAGCUCC